AAAUUAACGGUUUAACGGUAACUUAGUGAAAAUAUUGCCAACCGAAAUUAGCAACCAAUGACCAAAAAAAUCCUAAAAGACAAUUUCAGAUCCAUUUCUUUUACUAAAUACUGGAGCUAUCAUCCAGCUAUAUAUCCAGCAGCAAUGGCGUCGGAAACCGAUCGUCUUCUCCGGCAUUCUUUCACUUCCGAGGCAGACGUCAUGGCGGAAGAUGCGGACGCAGCGACGCCCUUCCUUUCUAGGUUUUUGAGCUAUCCUAUUGCUAAUACCAAUACAUCGAGCCACAAGAGGCGUCGCAGGCUCGCCAAGAAACAAGCCUCCGCCGCGCCUCGGCCUCACCGGCAGCAGUCGUUCAGCCACGACAUUGGCCACGCUGCCAAAGAGACAUACUUGAUUACUAGCCUCAGCUUCAAGCUCCUUCAAUGCCUCGGGCUAGGCUACCUGUGGAUCACAAAGUUACUUGCUCUUGGUUGUUAUGCUAUGUUACUUAUGCCCGGAUUUCUUCAAGUUGCUAUAUGUUAUUUCUUUUCAAGCCAGGUCCGGCGUAGUAUUGUGUAUGGAGAUCAACCAAGAAAUAGGUUGGAUCUAUAUUUACCUGCAAAUAGUGAUGGAAAAAAACCGGUAGUAGUAUUUGUAACUGGUGGGGCCUGGAUAAUUGGGUAUAAAGCUUGGGGUUCUCUUUUAGGUCUGCAAUUGGCAGAAAGAGAUAUCAUCGUGGCAUGCGUUGAUUACAGAAACUUUCCCCAGGGUACCAUCAGUGAUAUGGUGAAAGAUGCUUCUCUGGGGAUCUCAUAUGUCUUCAACAAUGUAGCAGAUUAUGGAGGUGACCCUAGCAGAAUCUAUCUAAUGGGACAAUCUGCCGGUGCACAUAUUUCUGCUUGUGCUCUCUUGGAUCAAGCAAUCAAAGAAUCUAAGGGAGAGAGCAUUUCUUGGAGCGCCUCCCAGAUAAAGGCUUAUUUUGGUUUAUCCGGCGGGUACAAUUUGUUCAAUUUAGUUGACCAUUUCGAUAGUCGUGGACUAUAUCGUUCCAUCUUUUUGAGCAUUAUGGAAGGUGAAGAAUCCUUGCAUCAAUUUUCUCCUGAAGUUAAAGUAAAGGACCCAAGCAAUAGGAGUGCCGUUUCUCUCUUGCCUCCUAUCACUCUUUUCCAUGGAACUGAUGAUUAUUCGAUACCAUCAGACGCUAGUAAAGUUUUCGUAGACGUGCUUCAAAAGGCAGGAGCUCGAGCUGACUUAAUACUAUAUGAAGGAAAGACUCAUACAGAUUUGUUUCUUCAAGAUCCUCUAAGAGGCGGUAAAGACGAAUUGUUUGACCAUCUAGUUUCCGUGAUACAUGCUGGUGAUAAAGACGCUCUUGAGCAAGAUGCUAUGGCACCUCCGAGAAGGCGGCUUGUUCCAGAGCUCUUGUUGAAGUUGGCACGCAGCAUCAGCCCCUUUUAGGCCUUGUACACUUGUCAGUAUUGAUCACCAAUUACGUCCAUGCAAAGGAGAGGCUUCGAUCAGCUCGCGGAGAUCUAUUUUUCAAAACACAUUACGACAUGUUUCUAUUUCGACAUUAUUACAGUCACCUACGACAUGUUUGGAUUCAAUUCUCAUCCGUAGAAAGCCCCAAUCAAUCUGUGUUCAUAACCGAAACAAACUUUUCUUACUAAUCUCUCUCGAAGGGCACGUACGCGAUCCUGAGUCUUGCGAAGCUUUCUCCAUCGGUAGGCACUGCAGAAACCAGCAGCAGAUUGGGGACUUGUGGGUUGCUGCAAUUGUUCUCCCUUUUCCUCAGUUGCCAUUCCUCAAUCUUCACACACAAUCGAAGCCACUGCAACAAUGUGCAUAGAACAGAGAGCCAUCUACAUUACAACACCAUGAUACACGAAUAUCUUUGAGAAAUAUGCACAAAUACAACCGGUUACAAACUCCGAAUCAAAAGUAGAAACACCAAACCAAUAAUAAGUCGUAUAUAAACCACAAUUUGGUGCCACUUGAUUGACUUCUCAGUGCCACUCAAGUUCUAUUUUU